UACCAGAUCAGUAACGAACUCGCAAAAUCGCCGGUUGAGACUUCCUUGUUGUACCUCAAAAGUGUUUGAAAAAGAAUUCGAAAACGACCUUCUCUAUCGCCCUAUCGCCACCAUCUUCAAUCACUAGCAAGAAAGAUCCUUGCCUCUUUUCACUGGCCAGAAAUCUCACCCAGUGUCGCUCCUAUGCCGUUGAAGUGAUCCCGAAUUUCCAGACACUUCGUGGGAAAACGUUGCGCACAGAAAUCGUCAUCCCACCAAAGUUGAGUGGCGAUUUUAGUACGAAAUCGCUGAUGGAUAUUGUCGUAAAUUCGAAUUCGUUGAAAUUGAACUGGAAAGAUAAUUCGGGUUGCGCUUCCCAAAUGACUUCGUUAAACCUGAAAGUACUCCAGGAUGGAUUGGCAAGCAGUGAAAGAACGAACAAUACUUACAGGAUCCCUCGAAGUUGUCUUAAGCAGGAUCGAAAUGAAGUCAACGUGUUCUCUAUGAUGUUGCCAACUAAUCCGCAUUCAUGUUCAAUCGAGUGGAAACCUCUGGAUAAGUGUCGUAAAUACACGUUUGACAUGAGCUCCCAGUACACGGCAACUUGGAAUGGCUCUUCUACUUUUCUGGAUAUAUUUACAAAGGGGAACGAAGCCAAUUUCACAAUUUUUCCAAAUGAUGGGAUGAAUCCUUGGAGGUGUCCGAGAAAGCAUUUUAGUUGCAACCACUGGGGCUGUAGUUAUGCUGAAGAAAGUUUUAUCUGUAAUGGAGGAAACGAUUGCGUAAAUGGUCGGGAUGAGCAAUACUGUGAUCAAAGCGUGUGCAAAGAUGGAUUUAAAUGUGGGCGGCAGUGCAUACCAAAAGAACUCGUUUGCAAUGGCCAACUCGAUUGUCUUGAUGGCUCCGACGAGAAUUAUAGUUGCAUUUACGCCAAUAUGUGUCAGCAUCUCACAGAUUCUUCAGGUAAUUUUUCUUCUCAGCUAGUUCCUAGACCGGCGGACGACAUCCAUUGGGAAAGAACUUUUGAUGCUACUCUCAAAACCACAGUUUUAAUAUCUGUGCAGCCCAAUCAGCAAAUUUGGCUGACAUUUAAAAAGUGCUUUACUCUGGAGCACCAACAUUUCGUGAAUAUUUACGACGGACCUUACUCAACCAGUCCUCUACUGUUAUCGACUAGCGGAUUAGUUACUAACCCAUUCUCGGUACGAUCGUCAUCCAAUGAAUUGUAUGUGGAAUUCCCAUCUUACUACCAGGCAGAUUAUGGCAUUUCAGCUUUUUACACCAGUGUAAACAGCACGAAUGAACCAUUCGUUCCAGGCUGUGGUGGUUAUAUUUACGGCGAUGGGGUUAUUCCGAUUCCAAAUUACGUGGCCAACAACACCGAUAUCUCUGACUGUUUUUGGUUCAUCGAAGCAACGACCAACGGGGAUACCAUCCUACUAACUAACUCUAAAUCCGCAUCAUCUUUUCAAGCAAAAGUUCCUUUUGUUCUAAAUAAUCCCGAUAUGGUAACAUACGACGAAUACGACAACGAGUCAACUGCUUUGUUGUCUCCCCCGGAAAAUUUGCUCUCUAUAGUAGUAUACGAUGGAUGGAGCACUUCCGGCCAUGUACUUCACGACCGAAAACAUUCCAUGACAAAAAUAGCAAUGUACUCAAUCAGCAACAAAAUGCUGGUUCAUUUCAAACCACCGAAAGUCGUUAAAGAAAACGUUGCCUUCUCUUGGAAUGUCUCAAAAAUUUCCACGCCAGAAUGCAAAUACGAUUUGAACGGAGCUAAUGGAAUUAUCAAAAGUCCAAAUUAUCCGGUGCAGGUUUAUCCUGACCUAACUGACUGUCGUUGGAACAUCACAGUGAAAGCGGGCUCAAAAGUCCGGUUACUUUUUGCCUACUUUGAAACGCAAGCGGGAAUGGAUUUUCUUUAUGUGUACGAUGGACCCAGUGUUUAUUCAAAACUAUUGUUUGAAAAAUCAGGAUUGAUUACCACACCUUUCGAAGUGAAUUCUACAACAAAUCAAGUGCUGGUUCGGUUUACAUCAGACGAUACUUCGGACGCUUCCUAUCCUGGUUUUCUCGCCGUUUAUUCGACUGUGUGAAUCUUUCCCCUAUCAGACAAUCACGCAACAAGUCCUCUCUAUAUGUAGACUCUUCUUUGGACUUAGCAACGUAACUUGCAUAAAUAUUUCUUUUAACUGCUUAUUCAACAAAAUGUCGCAAAAUGCUAACGUGGAACGUUAUACUAAUUGCCUGCUGAGUGGAGAUUAUACUAUCAGUUGAUUUUGUUAAUUUGAAGGAAUAGAAACACUAGAUUAAAGUAAA